AUGUUUGUGCACGUUGGGAAACGAAAACGUAAAUCAAAAGGAAGUGCGAAAACGCAAGAUGUUGAAAUGGCCCAGGCAGAUGAUGGCACCAAAGAAAGCACAAAAAUCAUCGAAGAUGAUGGUCAAGAUGUGCCGACGCGUGAGAAGCGAGUCCGGGGCACGAAGGCUGAAAUCAGGAAGAUUCCGGUUCCACCGCACCGAUACAGUCCGUUGAAAGACAAUUGGGUGAAAAUAUUCACGCCGAUUGUCAAGCAACUUCAUUUGCAAAUUCGGUUCAACUUGAAAUCACGAAAUGUUGAGAUCCGUAAUUCGACUGAUUCGGAUGACUUAACUAAUUUGCAAAAGACCAACAUUACUAUUUUGCGCGCCUCAUCUCCCUUUCCUGGCCCUGCAAUCAAGCAAGAAUUCGAAAGUCGUUAUCGUAAUAAGGAUCGUUGCCAUAAGGAAAAUAGUGCCUUCAAGAAAUAA